GGGCGGGGCCGGGGUCGGGUUUCACAUCCUGCCCCGCUCACGGGCAGAGCGGGCGGCGCGGGGCCAUGGCGGCGGAGAGCUCGGACUGGGUGGAGAUCAUCGAGCCCCGCUCGCAGGAGCGGAUGUAUGUCAACCUGAGCACCGGCGAGUGUGGCUGGGAGCCGCCUCCCAACCUGAGGGUGCGACAGUCCAACCAGCAGCAGUGGUGGGAGCUCUUCGACCACAACAACAACCGCUUCUACUACUACAAUGCCCUCACGCGGCAGACGGUGUGGCACCGGCCCCAGGGCUGUGACAUCGUGCCCUUGGCACAGCUCCAGGCCAUGAAGCGCAGCUCCCAGCUCGACUGCCGGGGCCGGCAGCACCACGGCAGCGACGGCAGGAACACUCCUGUGCAAAUGGCCCUCCUGCAGGAGAUGGAGAAGGGCAAGGGGGACUGUGCUGUGGAGAAGAGGAAAGACCCUGGCAGGGAGACUCCUACCCACUGGCAGCCUCUGCCAGGCACGAAAGCAGCCAUGUUGGUCAAAGUGAACAGUCUGAGGCAGAUACAGAGCUCUUCAAACAGUUCUCUUCAGCUGCAGAGUGCUCCAGAGGCCAACAGCCAAAUACCUGUUCCGAAAGCAGCCAUAUAUGCUCAGCCUCAAUCCGUGUCCCAGAGCCCUGGAGCCACAAAGCAGGUGCCUACGGGAGAGACAAAGCAGUCUAUGCAGAUCAAAAAGACAGAGAACGGUGGCUUUUGCCUAGUGCUGAUGAAUGAUCCAACUUCUCAAACACCUCCCAGGAGCCAGACAGGCACCCCCCAGCCUGCAUCCCCCAAGUGUGCCUCCCCUGCACCCAUUUACGACGAGCCAGCCUUAGAGUCUCCCAUUUACGACGAGCCACCGGUAGAUAUGGACACUGAAAGCGUCAAUGUGAGCGGGAUGUCACCCCCAAGGUCACCAAGCAAUAGCCUAAAAAAGCAGCUGCAACCAACCAAAUUAUUACAGCAUCCAGGUCUGCCACAGCAGCAGGCUGCAAAGAAGCACGCAAGAAAUCCCCCUGCUACCGAAUACAGCCCAGCUGGCAGAGAAUAUAUAAAACACAUGGUCAAUGUUGACCAAUCUUCCAAACUUUCCCACUCUUCUGCUGCAACAGCUGAUGCCUCCACUAAAUUGCCAGGUCAGCUUACUUCAAAGGACAGCUUCAAGCAGUCUUGGAGGAUCUUGGAAGCCAAUGUCCUCAAGAACAUGGAAGCCCACCACAGUCGACAGAACAGCCUGCAAACCCAGGAGUACCCCACUGGUGUCAGCCAUCAGGAUUCCGGUUAUUCCACCGGCCCUUCUCCAAGCUUGAGGAAAAGGAAAGGCAAGAGGCAAGGGACAGGCCAAGGGAGACCCGGCUCUGUGGGCAGCAGCAGCGAGCUCACGGCUUUGAACGACAAGCUGAUUGCUGAGAUGCGUGCUGUGGUGGGCAGGUCGGCAGCUGGCAGGGGCAGCAAAGCCAGCCUCGACACCGAGAGCCUGGAGGGUGGCAUCCCAGCAGAGAGCAGCAAGGUCAGGUUUCAGUCUGACCUGCUGAAGAAAUGCAUCAGCCGCAGCUCAAGGGAUGAUGUCUCGGCCAGUAACAGGUCUCUGUAUAGACAGGGCCUGGAGAGCAGGGGCAGCUUCCCCAGCAACGUGGCUGCUCCACAGGAUGCAGUGAGGCAGAAGAGGACUUUUGAGAAAAUAGACUCCUUAGAAAAGAACGUGACCAGCCAGACAAGUUUGGCUUCAUCAGCUACUACACACCACUCCUCACAGCCCGGGACGACAGAGAUGGACCCCAAGCAGGAAGGCAGCAGCCAGCGUGGCAGCUGUGGAGGGUACCACUUCCCUUACAGCACACUGAGGAAGCCCAUCUCUCAGAGCAGCAUGGCAGACUGGGCUUCCAAAAACCUCAACAUGCACACACAGGGCAUCUUCCGGCGGCGGCUGUCCAUCGCCAACAUGCUGUCCUGGAACGGCAGCUCCAUCAAGAAGCCGAUGCUCAUCACCAGCAACCGCGCCGUCAAGAAGGAGGCGUGUGAGAUGUUCAAACUGGUGCAGAGCUACAUGGGGGAUCGUCAGAGCCGCCUGGACAGGAACCACGUGGCGCUGGUCACGGUCACCAAGUGCUGGAGCGUGCAGGGCUUGCGGGAUGAGCUCUACAUACAGCUCAUCCGGCAGACCACGGACAACACGUGCUACCAGAGCCUGGCCUGGGGCUGGGAACUGAUGGCCAUCAGUCUGGCCUUUUUCUCCCCUUCUCCGAAGUUUCAGUCUUACUUGGAAGGUUACAUUUAUCGCCACCUUGACAGUGAUGAAAACAUUGCCCAACGCAUCAAGGAGCUGGUGGAUCUGAAAAACAAGAAGAACUCAAAAUCUAGGAAAAAGAGGAAACAGAACACAGAGGAUGAAGGUCUGCCCAUCAGCACUUACGCCAAGUACUGCUACCGGAAGCUCCAGAAAGUGGCCAUCACCGGAGGCAAAAAGGGCCUCCGCAAACCCACGGUGGAGGAGAUCACUCACGCCAGGAACGCCAUCGUGACACCGUCGCUCUUCGGCAGCUCUCUGGAGGAGAUUAUGCUGCGGCAGCAGGACAUGUACCCGGGCAACAAGCUGCCCUGGGUGCAGACACAGCUGUCACAGCAGGUGCUGGCUCUGGGAGGGGAGCAGACAGAGGGGAUUUUCAGGAUACCUGGUGACAUAGACGAAGUCAACGCGUUGAAGUUGCAGGUGGACCAGUGGAGAAUCCCCAGCAGCCUCAGUGACCCCAACAUCCCAGCAUCACUUCUCAAGCUGUGGUAUCGGGAGCUGGAGGAGCCCGUCAUCCCCCAGCAGUUCUACAAGGAGUGUAUCAGCAACUAUGAGAACCCUGACGCUGCCGUGGCUGUGGUGCAGCUUUUGCCAGAGCUCAACAGGCUGGUGCUGUGUUACCUCAUACACUUCCUGCAGAUCUUUGCUCAGCCAUCAAAUGUGGGCAGAACGAAGAUGGAUGUGAAUAACCUGGCCAUGGUGAUGGCCCCCAACUGCCUGCGCUGCCAGUCGGAUGACCCUCGCGUCAUCUUCGAGAACACGCGCAAGGAAAUGUCCUUUCUCCGCAUGCUGAUAGUGCACUUGGACACGAGCUUCAUCAAAGGGCUGGUCUGAGCCUCUGGCCCUGAGGUCCAAAUCAUCGCUCUGGGGAUUUGCUGCAUGCCCAGUCUUCUCCCUUCCACUUAGGUUUCUUCCAUUGUCCUUGCUGUCGUCACACCUUGGGUUAGCCCCUGAGCAUUUCCCAGCGUAGGAGCUCAAAGACAAGGACUAGGCACUCCUGGAAGGCUCAGGCUGUUCAGCACCAGGAAGUCCUUGCACAUGCCAGGCCAGUGUGUGUUAGAGAAGAGCCCUCCUCCUCAGAGACAUGGGAUUUGGUUGCUCGUUGAAACAGCUGUGACAUCUGUGAGAAACUGCUGUGUGGGGCAAUAAGAUUCUCCAUCUCUCUCUGGAGACAGAGUUGGCUUUGGGUAGGAGGACAUCACUCCUGCCUUGUGGCAUGAGCUGGUCCCAAGGGACAUGCGCCUUCCUUGACGAUAAUCCUACUGCUAUGGAGCCAUCCUGGUUUUCCCACAGCUUUGCAGCUCCUUUCUGCUACAGGCAGUGAGAGCUGGCACAAGCUUUCCUGAAGAGCAUCUGAGACCAUGCUCAGACCAGCCUCCACAGCUCUGGCAUUCCUCCUUCCACAUCCUUCCCAGACUGCUCUGCCAAGGACUGAACACCAGUUUUGCCCUCCCUCCUGGCUUAACCCAGGUCUGAAGCAAGCUGGGGAGGCUCCUGCUGUGGGAAGCCCUCCCAUGCUUGGGUGUGAGCAGCACAUUGCUGUGUACUCCUGCAGUGCUGAUCCUGCCCAGAGUCAACUGUGGCACCUAUGUUCUUCCCAACAAACUCUCACAGGAGUUGCAGAGGGGUUAGGAAGGGAAGGGGAAGAGAGAGGAGGCAAGUCUUAGUGGCUGAGGUGUGGCAGAGCGUGCGUGGGGGUGGUGUCAGGUUGUCAGCUCAGUGUUCUGACUGCUGCCCUUACAGCCCUGCAGCUUUCUGUGCCAGCUCCAGGGAGGCACAGCAAGGACAGUGUCUCAGAGGCAGGACAUGGAUCUCCCCACUGCCUCCAGUUAACGUUGCAUGUUCCUUAGCAAGCAGCAGUUCCUAAUUCUGUGGCAGCCUCAUGUUACUAGCUUCCUUCAAGUGUUUUUCCUGCUGGAGGCAGGUCUGCAAAACUGCAUGUUGGGAUUACUCAUGCAAUGCUCAGUUUGCCAGGAGCAUCCAAGGUUCAAUUUGCAUUUCUGCAUCCCCUUCUGUUUCAAAAGGGGACCUGGGUUCAUCCUCUCCUGGCUGUGGUGGGGAGCCAGGCCCUGCCAGCAGUGAGAGUCAAAGCUGAUGCCUGAGUCUGUACCAGGAGUUUGGUCAGAUCAUAUCCUGAGCCUGCCCAUUGCUUGGAUCUCUUGAUGUGCAUGAGCAGGGCUUCCAGGGCACACACCUCCACAGCAGGAGUUCAGUUUGUGCCCAGAUGGCUGUGGUUCCUCUCCCUGUACCAGAUCCUUCUGUGGUCCCAGAAAUCUUGCUCCCAUGUCAGGAAUAGCUCUGUCAAACAUGCUCCCACAGCUGUGCCAGGAUCUGUUCCAUGCACCCAUCCCAUCAAAGCCACUUGCCUCAGUUUGGCCUUCUGAAGCACUGAGCAACUUGUACUUCAGGUAUGGGGCAGCCUUCCCAGAAAUGCAGAGCCAGGCAAGGGGUUCCCAGCUCUGCCAUGCUGGACUGAACUUGGAACCAUUGUGCAGGGUGGGGCUGCCACCUGUAGCCUCUCCAUGGGUGGAGCAGCCGUGCAGGGCCUGCCCUCCUCUCCACCACACAGGCCUGCCCUGGCAUUCCUUGCACUUAGCUGUAGCAGUCAGUCAAACCAUAGGCAUUUGCUGCUCUUACCGAUGAAUGCUUCUUGCCAGGGCUGUCAAAUGGGCUAAAAAAUGACACUGGAUAUUAUUUUCUUUGCUGACAGAUUUGUAAAUACGAAUCAGUAAAGCAGCCUCCCCUCGUUAGAGUAAUAAAUACAGUUCUCCA